AGGAGGCAGGGCUGCGGGCGGGGGUUGUGCCGCAGCCGGAGGGUGUGAGGCGUGCUGCCGGGCCGCUUGCCCGUCCGUGCUGCGUGGGCUGGCCGGGGCUGGCCGGCGCGGCUGUCGCUGAAGGCGUGCUUCCUGCCCUCCCAGAGAGGCGGCCGAGCAUGGAGGUGUUCCCGUCCCCGCUGGAGUCCGCUAAGUUUAUCGCCGCCAACAGCAAAGAUGUGUCCGUGGACGAGGAGGGGGCGCGGCGGGUGGCGGAGAGCUUGUUCGACAAAGCCUCGUCGGAUGAGUUCGGGCUGGCCGGCUGGAAGAGCCUCCACGAGCUGAACCCGCGGGCCGCCGGCGAGGAGGCGGUGGGCUGGGUGUUCCUGGUGGACACCCUCAACUUCUCCUUCUGGUCCCAGCGGGAGGAGGAGAAGUACCUGGUGAAGUACAAGGGUAAAACCUACAGCGGCUACUGGUCCCUCUGCGCCGCUGUCAACAGGGCCCUCGACGACGGAAUACCCAUUACCAGUGCAUCGUAUUUUGCCACCAUGACACUUGACCAAGUUAAGCAUGUAUUUCGCUCUGACACCGAAGUGCCCAUACCUUUGAUUGAAGAAAGACAUCGGGUGCUGAAUGAAAGUGGAACAGUUCUGUUAGAGAAGUUUGGAGGCUCUUUCCUCACCUGUGUUAAAAUGAGUGAGAAAAGUGCUCAGAAACUGCUGCGCCUAGUACUGGAAAACUUUCCUUCUUACAGAGACGAAGCGGUGUUUGAGAAAAAAAAGGUGUCUUUCUACAAACGGGCACAAAUUCUUGUGGCUGAUACAUGGAGUGUGUUAGAAGGCAAAGGAGACGGCUUUUUUGAUGACAUUUCUAGUCUGACUAUAUUUGCUGACUACAGAAUUCCUCAAGUUCUUGUUCACUUAAAAGCAAUGAAGUAUUCUGAAGAACUGAUGAAGAAGCUACGUGAAGGAAGGAUUUUCCAGUCUGGGGAUCGGGAGGAGGUGGAGAUCCGUGGCUGUUCCAUUUGGUGCUGCGCACUGAUUUGUAAGGACCUGCUGGAGCUCUACCAGAAGAAGGGUCAGGACAUGCGUGAGAAGAUCAACGCGGUUUUACUCGACUACUACCUUUGGGACUAUGCCCGGGACCACAGGGAGGAGAUGAAGGACGUCCCAUUUCACCGAGUGCGAUGUAUAUAUUACUAACCCCCGUCCCACCGCCGUUGCACUGAUGCUUUUUCUUUUUAAUGGCGAUUACUCUCUUCAUAACGGUGCUUUGUCAUACUCUUAAAUUGGAACUGGCUGAACCAAAUGCUCUGAUGUAUUAACAGCUUGUCUUUUAAAAAUAUUAUUAGUAUUAUUAUUAUUA